AUGGAGGUGUCCGAAGGUACUUCUAGCCUUGGAGACCAGAACACUUUGACACUAGCAACCAUGGCCUCUGAACAGGAGGCUGCGGUGAUGGAGACGGUAGAGCAACUCCAGGCAGGAUUGCUCUGGCUCCCGCAUCCGAAGAAGGUGUUGAAAUAUAUGAAAAGGCUUAACGAUGUACCGGUGACGGUGGAUAUUCUGGCUGAGACAGGCAUUGCCAAGACGGUGAGCAGUCUAUGCAAAUACGAAGAGGUGGGUGCCAUGGCUCGGAAUAUAAUGGGGCGAUGGAAAAAUCUAGUCCCUGUUGAUGAAGACUCUGAUUCUGACUUAGAUUGGGAGGAGCAGGAUUUCGAGAGGAGCCACCCUAGGAAACGGCCCCAUGAUGUUUUUUCUAAGGAAGGUGACUUCCAGAAUACUUGGACAUCUUCGUACAGCCAGCCACCGAGCCCAGAUUUUAGAGAGAAAAAACAUCCAAAGCUCUGGGAGCUAGAGAGAAGCCUCACAAUAUCACCUGAUAGUGAUAGAAGAGAAGAAAGAAAACGAUGUAAUCAGAUGUUACUGUUGGAUUGUCCAGGCAGUGGCCAAGUUCAAUCGCAGCCUUCUACCAGCCUUCAACAGCUCAACAUAGGUUAUUCCAGCCCCCAGGAAGCGAGAGACCAGAAACUUGGUAAAGACUCAGGCCUCCGCAUUCAAGACAAAGUAAAGACCAUGCAAGAGAGGCAACUAGGUGAACCAUCCCAGGUAAAACCAGGGUCUUUUAAUGAGAGUAGAGAACACAGAUUAUUACAUCAAAAUGAAAAAUAUCAACUGGACAUUGAGGGACAAAAGAAAAAUGUUGCUUUGAGCAAAGAAACAUUAUUUAAUGUUGCAGCCAAAGAAAUGUGCCAAAGGCCACCCUCAGGAAGUGACACAAAGGAGAAACAGAAGGAUGCUACUAGGGGAGAAAAAGAUAAAGAGAGCUGCAGUGUCAAAAAGUAUUUUCCUCCAUUGGAGUUAGCUUUUGUAAAACAAAUUACAAAAACAAAACACCAGGAUACUCCAAAACCCGGACUGGAAGCAACCCAACUAAGUAAGGACUUGUUGGAUGUAGGGAACCAAUUAAAAGACAAGGGAGUGUCUACCAAUUUCCAGACCCAGGAGGGGAAAUACAAAGCCCCCAACUCCCACAAAAGCAGAGCGAGCUGCCUUCAAGAGUCUGGGGUGCCAGAACCAUAUGAUAAAAACGAACAGCCCACCACGUCUUCUGGUUCUAAUUUCAGCUAUGCCUGGCAGCCACAAAGGAAAGAUAACAUAAAAAUCCCAAGUGUAAUUCAUGAAGACAAAGGUCACGUUAAAGAGAAUAGUGCCAUAACUGAUAGUAGAAGCCCAGAUUUGGCUCAGAAGCUGCCUAGGAUGAAUUAUGGCAAUCCAGAGAUACAACCAUCUGGAGCUGUGUUGGCCAAAGUGAAAAAUAUCUCCACUCAUGUUACGCCACACUCAGGAGAUAACACCUUGCCUACAGUACAAGCAAGUUGUCACUUACCAUCUUUUGAAACACCUCUCCCCUUGAAGCCAAAGAAGAAAACAGCAUCCUCCUACCAUGAAGAAGAAGGAGUUGGAUUUACAGGACGAAGAAUGAAUUCAAAGAUGCAAGUUUAUUCAGGACCCAAAUGUGUUUACCAACCAAAAUUAAUAUCGCUUUACCAGCAAUGUAUCAGGGUCCUCAAUAACAAUCUGGACUCCAUCUUUGAUGUUGGAAAUGUACCCUAUACUGUGCUGGAACCCGUUCUGGAGAAAUGUACACCUAAACAACUGCAUAGAAUUGAGGAAUACAACCAGUUAUUAACGGAGAACACCGAUAAGUUAUGGAAAAUUCAUUGUAAUCGAGAUUUUACAAGGGAAAGACCAAGAGAAUUUGAGUCCUGGAAGGAGCUAUACCUUAGGCUUCAGAAGGCCCGAGAGCAGCGGCUGCUAUUUUUAACAGAGAAUAUCCGAUCAGCUCAUGCUAGUAAACCCAAAGGCCGUCAGACUAUGAUGGCCUUUGUCAAUUCUGUGGCCAAACCACCUCGGGAUGUUAGAAAGAAGCAGGAAAAAUUUGGCACUGGCAGAGCAACUGUUCCUGAAAUGAUUAAGACCAACCCUGGCCUAUACACCCCAACCACCCACUAUGGUAGAAGCAAUGUACAACCAUAUACUGGUGCUAGUACUAGUAGUACUCACUCAACACCAUUAGCUAGUAGCAGUGGUUCUUGUGAUUCCAGAAAAACACCUGUGAGAAAAAUUGCCCCAAUGAUGGCCAAAACUAUCAAGGCAUUCAAAAAUCGAUUCUCCCGCUGA